GCUCCGUACUUUGGUACUCCGGUAUUACAUAUUUUAUUUGUAGCCAAUGAGAUUUCGGGUGCGGUUUAUUUCAUGUCUGUCAAAUAAAUUAUAUGAUAUACAUAUAAACGUCGAUUAAGCCUUCCUUCCGCGCGGGUUCAACAGUUCCGAUCAAUAGCUUUCUCUCACUUUUUUUAACCUUACCCAACAAUAUCACAGUUGAUCAGACAGAAAGAAACUGAGAUGUAUUAAUAAUCUCUAAUAGAGGUUAACCCAAAUAGGUUAAAUUGUUUACCGCGCACAAGUGUAUUUUGCAGCUGAAAGCUGCACGAUGAAUAAAAAUACCCGUGAAACAACACCAGGCGAUGGCUUACGAUCAUUGCGGAGCACUACGUUAUUUCGUGCCAUUAAUUUCGAGUUGUACGUCAAACCGAACAAAACCAUUAUGAUAUUUGGUAUUAUAGCAAUGUUGGGCUGUUCGGGAUAUAUAUUUUAUAUGAAUUCUAAUCAGAAGAAGAAUGAUUAUCAUGCUAUGGUUAAAUCGGACGAAACAGUGGUAUUGGUGAAAAAAGCUUCCAAGUGGACUGAUUAAGUAAGAAAUUCCUAAUGAAUAAUGAAUAUUGAAUUAUUUUGCAGUUAAAUAAUUGAUUCAAGUUUUUCAAAAUAUGUACGUAUAUUGUACAUACAUGUAUAUGUUUACAUAGAUUCAAAGACUUUAGGACAAUUGCGUAAAGUACAAAUUACAAGAUUAUAAUAAUCGAAACAGGCAAAAAUAUCUAUGUAUCGUUUAACAAAAGAAUUAAUAAAAGAUUAGUAAUUAAAACUUAUCAUCUUUUUAAAAUUGUAUUAAAUUUGCUUUGCGAGAUGCCAUCGCCUCUGAUAACAUAACAUUAUUAUUAGCAUUAUUAGUAUAUUCUAAUGUGAUUUGUAUUUAUUAUCAACUGAUAUUCAUUAUUAAACUAUAUUUGAACAAUAAGAGAAUUGAUUUUUUAAGAUUUGCGAAAUGUUGUCUAAAUACAUAUACAUCACACAUAACUUUUCUAAAAUGGCUUGCACACAUUAAUCUGUAAUUGUUACAAACAUCUAUUGUCCCAAUAUGUGACAAAGUGAUUGUACAAUGAAAUUUUUAUUUAUCGAAAUAUAUUUCACAAUAUUUCAUAAUAUCCAACAGAAUUUUAUUGUAAAAAUAAUAUAGUUACAAUUAUAUCGUCAUCUAUAUUUCAUGGAUAAUAUGUCAUAAAGAUUUUAUUGAUAACAGUUUUAUUGAUAAGUUAACAUGUAUCUUUCUAUCUACAUUCUACAUAUGUAUACAUAUGCGCCGCACAUUACAUGGUAAUGUACAAUAUAUAGUAUAUAAUUUUAUACAGAAUUUUAAAUUCUUUUAAUCAAUUUAAAAAAUCAACAUUUAUAGUGUAUCUAAAUUUAUACAAUUUUACUGCAAAUUGAUAUAGUUGGCAGUAUUUGAUAUUUCUUUUUCCAAUUUAUUGAAAACAUGUGUAUUUUUCAUGAUUAUUUUCAUGAUUAAAAUUAAGAUUCUAAUUUCUGAAUAAAAUAAUUAUCAUCAAAGUAUAUUCACACGCGUUAUUACUACUUUGUCAUACAUAUAUCUGAUAUAUACGUAAUAUUUUUCAUGCGCAUCGUUGUUCUUGCUAUUCAAUUUACAUUUAUCAAUAGAUUUAUUUUGAUAAUUUGGAAAAAUGUAAUAAGAUACAUAUAAUUCUAAUUUGUAUAUGCGUAUACACACUCUUAUACAAGGAAGCCCACUGUGUGUUGAAGAAUAGAUACCGCUAAGAAAAAUGUAAUUAUGUAGUAGUUAACUAUAUUUCUCUACCAACAUAUAACGAUAUUUAUAAACUACCUUUCCUUUUCUUGUUUCCUUAACGGAUUUUUAUUUGUAUAGCGCCGUUAUAUUCUAAAAAUAGCUAAAAAUUUUCAAUAUCAAGCCAACUAUAUAUAUUUACUCUUCUGGUUAUUAAUUUAGAGCACUCAAAAAUUUUCACGCCAUAACAGUUUUCCUAAGCUACUAUAGAUAUAUAACUCUUUUACUUUUAAUAUAAACGACAUACACACAUACACACACGCACGAAUUAUAUACAUAUAUAUAAUUCUUUAUAUAACAACACAUCGAAAAUUUGGCAUCAUUCUAAUACUUUGCAGCAUUUUGUACUUUAUUCUGUAAAAUUUUGUGACAAAGAAGAAUGAGAAAUAAAACAAUUUAUCACAGGAA